AUGGAGUCUCAGUGGCCAGAGCCCUCUUUUGGGAGUGGCGAGUUUAAAGAUGUCUUCCAAUUUGCUCAAACAUUCGAAUUGCACUGCGCGAAAGUCUACGACCAUGCCACGAGAUACCCCGAAGGAGCUGCCUCGGCGACUUACGUGAUGGAUCUUGUCUCGCAGGCCUACAGGGCGGUUCACAGCUUGCAUAUGCAGAAAAUGGCGACGUGGUAUCUGGAUCAAAAGACAGCGACUGCAUCGCUGCAAAGCAAGGCGAUAGAGUACCGUGAGACGCAGGAAUUACUACCCUCGGAGCAUACCGAGGCCGUCACAUCUGCUGAGGUUACCACUGAGAACCUAAGCGAAGACACUGUCAGAAACGAUAUUGAAAACUCCUUCAAUGGCGAUCUUGAAGAUGACUCGGACGACUCGGACUGGGAUGAAUCGUCUGAAGAGGAGACAGACGACGAAUACUAUGAAUACAACGAGGAGUCCGAAGAAGAGGAAGACGAAGACCUCGGAAAUAUACGACGGGUACACAGGGUGAGGACGAUUCACGAGGUCCCAGAAGACGACGGACCAGAGAUGAGUCAAUCACCACCGAUAAAUCUCGCGACACCAAAGCACACGAACAACAGAACCGACGACGCCACAUUCACACCCCCAAUCAUGUCACCAGAGGAGCAAGCGGCCCAUGAUCGAAUCACGGCUGCACUCCAGCGCAUCUCAGCGAAAUUCGAAGACGCAGAUCCUGCGCCGCUGGCGCGGGUACAGACCCGUACAAAAUUUCCCAUGCAACAGACUCCGCCCCAUACGGACGAUUCUCAAAGUGAAGCAACCACGAUACGGCCAGAGUCAGGUCAUGAUCAGUUGUCACCUCCGCAGACUGCGACUGAAAGAGGAUCAUCAGCUCCGGGAACGACAAAUCUCCCCCCAGUGGCUCUGGUGACAGAGCGAAAGGCCAGCUUUGAUGGGACUGGCGAGCAGGUUGUGCAAGGGAGCCUUAGUCGGCGGGCUUCUGUCGCUGUGAUUCCUCGCCGAAUCAAGACUGUUUGUCAUAGAUAUGUCCGCAGAGCUAUGUUGCCCAUCCGUGGAAAGGCUCACUAA